AUGCCGAUCCUUGGACCCUUCUCGGAAAACUGGGCGAAUGUUCAGCGGUUCCAAGCCAGAGAUGAUGAUAUCAUGAUCAACACGUACCCGAAGUCUGGAACCACUUGGAUGAGUGAGAUUUUGGAUCUGAUCUUUAAUGGUGGAGACACACAGAAGACGGCCAGAGGUGCAAUAUAUGAUCGGGUGCCCUUCCUAGAGUACGCAGUGCCCGAUAUGGCCAUAGGAACCGAAACCCUGAAUUCAAUGAAGACUCGGCGCGUUAUCAAAUCUCACCUACCUGUGAAUCUUGUCCCACAGAGCUUCUGGGAGAAGAACUGCAAGGUGAUCUAUGUGGCACGCAAUCCUAAAGACGUGUUGGUGUCAUACUAUCAUUUCUAUCAAAUGGCCAUUGUUCACCCGGAUCCUGGGACAUUCGAGGAAUUUUUCCAAGGCUUUAUGGAGGGGACAAUUGCCUUUGGGUCGUGGAGCCAGCAUGUGAAGGGCUGGUGGAAGAUCAGACAGCAGAGCAAUGUUCUCUAUAUUUUCUAUGAAGAUAUGCUGGAGGAUGCAAAGCGUGAGAUCAAGAAGGUUCUGAAGUUUAUUGAGGAAGACCUUCCCGAAGAUGUUCUGGAGAAGAUCUGCCAGCACACCACAUUCAAGGCUAUGAAGGAAAACAAAAUGUCCAAUUAUUCUACUGUACCCUCAUCAGUCAUGGACCACAACAUCUCCCCUUUUAUGCGGAAAGGUAUCUGCGGGGACUGGAAGAAUCAUCUCACAGUGGCUCAGAAUGAAAUCUUGGAUGCAUAUUUGGAGCGGGAGAUGUCUGACACGGAUCUAACUUUCCGAUAUCAAGAAUGA